AUGAGAGUCAACGGCCCCAAUAUACUCGUCACCGGGACUCCGGGUGUGGGAAAGACAACGCUGUGCUGCCGCUUCGCGGACGAAAGCCGGCUGAGGUACCUCAACGUCGCAGACUUGAUCCGCGACGAGGAGCUCCACGCCGGAUGGGACGAUGAGCUUGAGUGUUCCAUUUACGACGACAAGCUGCUGCGGAAGGCCCUGAAGAAGCGCGGCUUGCGUGACGGUGGGUUCCUGCUGGACUUCCAUUCCGUUGAGGGCAUCAGCAAGAAGGACAUCGAUCAUGUCGUGGUGUUGUCGGCAGAAAUCGAAACGCUGUGCGCACGUCUCAAAGAACGGGGCUACAGUGACAAGAAGAUCGAUUCAAACAUCGAGGCGGAGAUCUUCCAGGUGUGCUUGCAGGAUGCCGUUGAGCUGUUCGGGGAGGACCGGGUGACGAGGCUCCCGCAUAACACCGAGGAAGAAUCGCUAAAGGCAUUAGAACACGUUAAGAAGCUAGUGGAAUCGUAUGGCUAA